AUGUCAAUUCCACCAGAUCAGUAUCACGAGUUGAUUGCAUUCUUCAGCAAUGAUUCGGCAGCUAGUCAUAUUAUUUCACUGGCUUUAACACAAUUUAAUGACACGUACAUAUCGACAAGUAAUAUCUCAGCCACUGCUACUGAUUUCAAUGUGUACGCCACAACAAACGAUACAGAAAAUAUGGUCUUUAUUCCUCAGUCCGCGGUGGCAACCAUCGCAACGGCUACGUCUGCAAAUGCAACCAACCUUAUUGAUGGCAACGCAAAGGCGUCUAAUCGCACUGCAUUGGUGGUGGCGGGAAAGCCACGACUUUCCACAGAAAUGCCAAUCUGGCUUAUACCCUGCUACAGCAUUAUACUCUUCUUCGCAAUAAUCGGUAAUUUGCUGGUUAUAUCGACAUUAGCACAGAACCGACGUAUGCGCACAAUAACAAAUCUCUUCUUGCUGAACUUGGCAAUUUCCGAUAUCUUACUCGGGGUACUCUGCAUGCCCGUUACGCUGGUUGGCACGCUAUUGCGGCAUUUUAUUUUCGGUGAAUUUUUUUGCAAGCUAAUACAAUUCUCUCAGGCUGCUUCUGUGGCUGUCUCCUCAUGGACUUUGGUGGCGAUAUCCUGCGAGCGCUACUACGCCAUAUGCCAUCCGCUCAGUUCCCGCCAAUGGCAGACAAUAAAUCAUGCCUAUCGAAUCAUCGGCUUCAUUUGGUUUGGCAGUAUUGUGUGUAUGACUCCGAUAGCAAUAUUUAGUCAGUUGAUGCCUACCAGCCGUCAGGGCCUUCGAAAAUGCCGCGAGCAAUGGCCAGCCGACAGCCUCGCCUACGAACGUUCAUAUAAUAUAUUCUUAGAUUUGGUUUUACUAGUGCUGCCCCUGCUGAUACUCAGUUUUGCAUACAUUCUUAUUACGCGCACCCUGUAUGUGGGUAUGAAAAAUGAACGUGCCAUGAUUUUCGGCAGUGUCGCAUCAACAGCGCCAGGUGGUGGCAGCGGAUGUAGCAAAUUGGGCAAUGAUGUGGAUGCUUUAACCACAGCCUUGGUGCCGAGCACAACAGCUGGCGCAAAAACUACGACACGAUUUCAAUUCAACGUAUCGUUUCCUGUACGUGGAUGUAGUGCUAGUGGAAUCGUGGCAUGUGCUGAAUUGGAUGCACAAGAACAACAUAAUUGUGCGAAGAAAUCAAAAUCACAGAGUCGGCAGUCACAACAGCAGCUAUUACAAGAACAGCAAAAGCAACUUACAGAGCAACGUUCACAAUGUUACGAUGACAUCGUCCCAACGCAUUCGAUGCCAACAACAACGGCAAAUCAUAAACGUAAACUACUCACGGCGACAGACGAACGUCGUCAUUUGUAUUGCAUGGAAGCCGGUUCGAUGAAAUCACUAAAUCACAAUAAUAAUGAUCGGAAUGGGAGAAUGGGUGGCAGCAGUGGUAGCAGCACAUCACCAUCUGCCUCGAUGACUGUGAUUAAUGUGCCACAGCAGCAUCGUUUCAAGUUGAACCAACAGCGGCAACAACAACAGCUACAAUUAUAUAUAGAGCAGGAUAUGGAACGAAGUAAAUCAACAUCAACACCAAGUCUGCGGUUACACGACACCGCAUUAAGGAGAUCCAAUAAAACCAAAAGUCUGGAGAGUAAGAAACGCGUUAUCAAAAUGCUAUUUGUACUUGUGUUGGAGUUCUUCAUCUGUUGGACACCGUUAUAUGUUAUCAACACGGUGGCGAUGUUCAUAGGCCCAGCUAUCUACGAAUAUGUGGACUACACGUCGAUUUCGUUUUUUCAAUUGCUCGCCUACUCCAGCAGCUGUUGUAAUCCAAUUACCUACUGUUUCAUGAACGCGGGAUUUCGACGCGCCUUCCUCGACACCUUCAAAGGCAUUCAACUAAAUGGUGGUUUAUUUCGGCGCAAGAACUCAUCGAAUCAGUCGGUGGCGGGAAACUCAAUUAUAAUGGCCAACAGCGGCACCAUGUUGACCACAAACAGUGUGUUGGACAGUCCGCGGCUCUGAGGGCAAAAGCGGGGGCGGUACGGACGGACUCCAAAGUGGCAGAGACAGAUGUCUGAUUCGGUGUAGAUGUUUGUGUUUGUGGUGAGAGUAGGGCUUUGAUUCGAUGUUAAAUCUUUAAGUUUAAAUGCAUUUAAUUGUAGCUAUUUAAAUGAAUUAAUGUAAAAUAUGUAUGUAUAAGUUUUAAUCAGAUCUGUUAAAUAAUGAUUAUUAAUCACAACGACUGUUGAUUAGAUCGGGUUUU